AUGGCCAACCCUAGUGUUCUCACCUUUGACGCUGAGGGUCGGGUAGUUGACUUUGAGGUCUGGGUAGAUGAUCUACAGCUUUUCCUACAGUGCGAUAAGGCAGACAGCCUCUCCCUGUUUAACCUCACUUCUGGUGCCUCUCCUGCCCACGCUGCGGAUCCUGACGCCACUGAUCGCUCACAAUGGGCCACGCGCGAUGCUGCUGCUCGCCAUGCUGUGCGCCGCCACUUACAAACCGCUGAGCGUGCACAAUUUAGCCAGUACAAGAGUGCUCAGACCUUGGACCACUUCCUCUCAGUUUGCCCCACCACUCUCAACGUUGACCUCCUCGAGAAGGGCCUCAUAGCAGCAAAGAAGAGCAUAGUCACUAUAGGAGCCUCUAGUGGUGACCAUCGCACCCCCGUAUUUGAGGGGUGUUCCCCCUCCCCCCUCUUGCCCUCUAUUGCUUCUGCUGCUGCGGCCGACCUCGUUGAUUUCGAGUCAGUCGGCGCUGCGUCUACCCCUAGCGAGAGAUGCCGCACCGGCAAGGGCAAGGGGGAAAAGGGCGCUGGAAGGGCUGGUGAGGGCGGUGGAGGUGGUGGUGGAGGCAGUGGAGGGGGUGGGGGUGGUGGUGGGAGUGGUGGCGGGGGUGGUGGCGGUGGCAACAAUGGAGGCGGAGGAGGCGGCGGUGGUGGUGGAGGGAGCGGAGGAGGCGGAGGUGGCGGAGGAGGCGGAGGUGGAGGAGGCGGCGAAGGCGGCGGCGGCGGCAGUGGUGGAGCUGGUCGCGACUCUGCACAGAGGAGUGGGUCAAGUGGUGGUCCGCGCCAACAGCAGCGGAGUGGUGUGACUCUGUCCCCUCAGCAGCUUCGUGAGUGGUACGCUGCACGUCAGCGCGAUGGGAGUACUGGUCCCUGCACUUACGUCCUCCGUACCGGCGACCAAGCUGGUGAGCAAUGCGGGGGCCCGCACUCCACCCAGCGCUGCUUCGGUCGCCUAACGGACGCGUGGCGUCGCCAGUUCCCUGAGGCGUCAGAGAUCCCUCGCUGGGGAGAUCUCUCUACGGCGGGGGUUGCCAUAUUUGAUCUUGACUAUGAUGCGAUCCUUGCUGCAAUGUAUUCUGUGACUACUAGUGUUGAGGGUGACUGUUACCUGUGUGUACCGCCUGACCCGGGCAUUGAGGCCACUGCUCUAGGUGCUGGUGAGGCUGCUGCUCUAGGUGCUAGUGCGUCUGCUGCCUCAGGUGCUAGUGCGUCUACUGCCCCAGGUGCUGGUGAGUCUGCUCUCUCAGGUACUACGUCAGCUCAGGCCUUACACACCUUCACCCUUGACUCGGGUACUUCCCGCUCCUUCUUUCGAGACCGCACCACUCUUACGCCCCUCAGUCGGCCGGUUGCAGCCUCCCUGGCGGACCCCUCUGGGGGUCCUGUCCUUACUAGCUUCUCCACUAACUUACCGUGCCCGGCAGCUCCCUCAGGCACCCUGUCAGGUCUCUACCUCGCCUCGUUCUCUACGAACUUGGUGUGUCCCAGGUAG